UAUAUGUUACCUUUGGGCGAUAUUAUUCGUAAACAUUGUAUUAGUUUCCACUGUUAUGCUGAUGACACACAGUUGUAUGUCUCUGCAAAACCUGAUGAGAGACACCAGCUUAAUAAAAUUGAGGAAUGUGUUAAGGACAUUAGACACUGGAUGCUUAUAAAUUUCCUUCUGCUUAACUCUGACAAGACUGAAGUACUUGUGCUAGGACCACAUAAAGCUAGAAGUAAGUUUUCUGAUUACACAGUAACUCUGGAUGGCCUUUCUGUUUCUUCACGUGCAGCAGUAAAAGACCUCGGAGUGAUUAUUGACCCCAGUCUUUCAUUCGAAACUCACAUUGAUAACAUCACCCGGAUAGCUUUCUUUCAUCUCAGAAAUAUUGCAAAGAUAAGAAAUUUAAUGUCAUUGCAUGAUGCAGAAAAACUAGUCCAUGCUUUCGUUACCUCCAGGUUGGAUUAUUGUAAUGCCUUACUGUCUGGAUGUUCCAAUAAGUGCAUAAACAAGCUCCAGUUAGUUCAAAAUGCCGCAGCAAGAGUCCUUACUAGAACUAGAAAAUAUGACCACAUCACGCCUGUCUUAUCCACACUGCAUUGGCUCCCAAUCAAAUUUCGUAUUGAUUAUAAAAUACUACUAUUGACCUUUAAAGCACUAAAUGGUCUCGCACCACAGUACCUGAGUGAACUUCUGCUCCUCUAUGACCCGCCACGCCUACUUAGAUCAAAAGGUGCAGGCUAUCUGCUGGUACCUCGUAUAGUGAAGGCUACAUCAGGGGGCAGAGCCUUUUCUUACAAAGCCCCACUGUUAUGGAACAGCCUUCCAAGUAAUGUUCGGGAAUCAGACACAGUCUCAGCAUUUAAGUCUAGGCUGAAAACAUAUCUGUUUAGUCAAUAUAUGUUACCUUUGGGCGAUAUUAUUCGUAAACAUUGUAUUAGUUUCCACUGUUAUGCUGAUGACACACAGUUGUAUGUCUCUGCAAAACCUGAUGAGAGACACCAGCUUAAUAAAAUUGAGGAAUGUGUUAAGGACAUUAGACACUGGAUGCUUAUAAAUUUCCUUCUGCUUAACUCUGACAAGACUGAAGUACUUGUGCUAGGACCACAUAAAGCUAGAAGUAAGUUUUCUGAUUACACAGUAACUCUGGAUGGCCUUUCUGUUUCUUCACGUGCAGCAGUAAAAGACCUCGGAGUGAUUAUUGACCCCAGUCUUUCAUUCGAAACUCACAUUGAUAACAUCACCCGGAUAGCUUUCUUUCAUCUCAGAAAUAUUGCAAAGAUAAGAAAUUUAAUGUCAUUGCAUGAUGCAGAAAAACUAGUCCAUGCUUUCGUUACCUCCAGGUUGGAUUAUUGUAAUGCCUUACUGUCUGGAUGUUCCAAUAAGUGCAUAAACAAGCUCCAGUUAGUUCAAAAUGCCGCAGCAAGAGUCCUUACUAGAACUAGAAAAUAUGACCACAUCACGCCUGUCUUAUCCACACUGCAUUGGCUCCCAAUCAAAUUUCGUAUUGAUUAUAAAAUACUACUAUUGACCUUUAAAGCACUAAAUGGUCUCGCACCACAGUACCUGAGUGAACUUCUGCUCCUCUAUGACCCGCCACGCCUACUUAGAUCAAAAGGUGCAGGCUAUCUGCUGGUACCUCGUAUAGUGAAGGCUACAUCAGGGGGCAGAGCCUUUUCUUACAAAGCCCCACUGUUAUGGAACAGCCUUCCAAGUAAUGUUCGGGAAUCAGACACAGUCUCAGCAUUUAAGUCUAGGCUGAAAACAUAUCUGUUUAGUCAAUAUAUGUUACCUUUGGGCGAUAUUAUUCGUAAACAUUGUAUUAGUUUCCACUGUUAUGCUGAUGACACACAGUUGUAUGUCUCUGCAAAACCUGAUGAGAGACACCAGCUUAAUAAAAUUGAGGAAUGUGUUAAGGACAUUAGACACUGGAUGCUUAUAAAUUUCCUUCUGCUUAACUCUGACAAGACUGAAGUACUUGUGCUAGGACCACAUAAAGCUAGAAGUAAGUUUUCUGAUUACACAGUAACUCUGGAUGGCCUUUCUGUUUCUUCACGUGCAGCAGUAAAAGACCUCGGAGUGAUUAUUGACCCCAGUCUUUCAUUCGAAACUCACAUUGAUAACAUCACCCGGAUAGCUUUCUUUCAUCUCAGAAAUAUUGCAAAGAUAAGAAAUUUAAUGUCAUUGCAUGAUGCAGAAAAACUAGUCCAUGCUUUCGUUACCUCCAGGUUGGAUUAUUGUAAUGCCUUACUGUCUGGAUGUUCCAAUAAGUGCAUAAACAAGCUCCAGUUAGUUCAAAAUGCCGCAGCAAGAGUCCUUACUAGAACUAGAAAAUAUGACCACAUCACGCCUGUCUUAUCCACACUGCAUUGGCUCCCAAUCAAAUUUCGUAUUGAUUAUAAAAUACUACUAUUGACCUUUAAAGCACUAAAUGGUCUCGCACCACAGUACCUGAGUGAACUUCUGCUCCUCUAUGACCCGCCACGCCUACUUAGAUCAAAAGGUGCAGGCUAUCUGCUGGUACCUCGUAUAGUGAAGGCUACAUCAGGGGGCAGAGCCUUUUCUUACAAAGCCCCACUGUUAUGGAACAGCCUUCCAAGUAAUGUUCGGGAAUCAGACACAGUCUCAGCAUUUAAGUCUAGGCUGAAAACAUAUCUGUUUAGUCAAGCUCUGGGGAUUGAAUUGGACAGAUCCCAGCUGCAACGAGUGCACCGAGCCCCGACUACGUUCGAGGACGCCGAAGAUCUCCCACCAAGACCAAUAAUCAUUCGCUUUUUGAGUUACUUGGAGAGGGAGAGAGUGUUGAUGGCUGCAACACAGAAAUAUAAAAAUAAGGAGGGCGUAACCUGGAAAGGCUGUAAGUUGUCCUUUUCCCCUGACAUGACAAAGGAAACGGCGGCGAAGAGGAGAAAGUUUAAGGAUGUUAAAAGUCGGCUACACACAAUGGACGUGCGGUUUACGCUGGGCUUUCCAGCGGAGCUGCGCUUUACUUGGCGAGGGAAAAGAAUGAAGUUCACGGACGACAAAAAGGCGAUGGACUUUCUUGACAGCCAGAUGGAACAACAGAGUGCAGAGGAGAGGUCUCCUGUUCGUGAGUCAGCAGAUGAAUAA